AAAUGAAAAUAGAAAACAUCUCCUCUCUUUAGGCUUUGUUUGGACUUUGGCGAUAACACAGAAUCAUUUCCAAACCCUAACAAUGGCGAUCUCCACCAUUAAUCGCCUCUCAAAACUCUCCAAAUCUCCCUCUCUCUACCUCUCCCUCCGCUCCACCACCACGGCCGUCGCCGCCGCAGCCUCCACCGGCACCAAAAAGGUCUCCGACCGCAUCGUCAAGCUCUUCGCCAUCGAUCCGUCCGGCCAGAAGCGCCAAAUCAUCGGCCUCUCCGGCCACACGCUCCUCAAAGCGCUGACCAACAGCGGCAUGAUCGAUCCGGCGUCGCAUCGGCUGGAAGACAUCGACGCGUGCUCGGCGGAGUGCGAGGUGCAUAUCGCGCAGGAGUGGCUGCAGAAGCUGCCGGAGGCGAGUUAUGAUGAGCAGUAUGUGUUGAAGAGGAGUCAGAGGAAUAGAGUGUUGAAUAAGCACGCCAGGCUGGGGUGUCAGGUUGUGUUGAGCCAGGAGUUGCAGGGGAUGGUUGUGGCGGUUCCCGAGAUGAAGCCGUGGGACACUCCGUAAAAUUCUAGGAGAGGAAUUUGCGUCCAGUAAUAUGAAGCAACUGAACUGAAGAUGGCUGUUGGUUGUGAUAAAUGACAAAGCUGAACCAUUUCUGUAAUAAAUAUCUAGCUGCUACUUGUAAGUUGGAUCAUAUUCACUUUUUUCUUAAGGUUGUAAACACAAUCAGAUUAUACAUUAUUGAGGUGUAUAACUCUAUUUUCUGGUCUA